AUGGAAGAAGAAAGCGCUCACGGCCUGACAAGUCCUCAUGAAACUUGUCGAAUCCGUCGCCUUCCCGAGGGCGUUAUCAAUCGCAUCGCAGCCGGCGAAGUAGUUGUCCGCCCUUCAGCAGCACUGAAGGAGCUCUUGGAAAACAGUCUAGAUGCAGGCGCAUCUUCAAUCACCAUAACAGUCCGAAACGGUGGGCUCAAACUGUUGCAAGUCUGUGAUGAUGGGAAAGGUGUGUCGAAAGAGGAUUUGCCAUUGCUGUGCCAACGGUUUGCCACUUCCAAGCUGCGCACCUUCGAAGACUUGGCCGCUGUUUCUACCUUUGGAUUCCGGGGCGAGGCUCUCGCCUCCAUUUCGCAUGUCGCAAGGCUUUCCCUCCUCACCAAAACGAAAGACUCCGAUGUUGCGUACAAAGCCACGUAUUUAGACGGCGUACUUCGAGGUGAGCCAGAGCCUACUGCGGGGUGCGAUGGCACCACCAUGAUUAUUGAGGAUAUGUUUUACAACCUCGUCGCUCGUAGGAAUGCGCUCAAAUCGCCCUCAGAUGAGUACCGCGCUGUUGUGGACGUCGUCUCCAGGUACGCUAUUCGGUACCCGCAAGUGUCGUUUUUAUGUUCGACCGUGUCGGACAACAUCCGAGCAGGGUUCGGCUCUUCUGUCGCAAACGAACUAUUAUCAUUUGAAGUCAAAAUUUAUCCAGCGAAGGCAACGGUUUCGGUCUAUACCACAACGGCUAACUUUAGCAUGAAGAAGGCUGUUUUCGUUCUGUUCAUUAACGGGCGUCUUAUUGAAUGUCAGCCCCUUAAAAGAGCUGUACUCGCAACAUAUGGCAGCUUUCUCCCGAAGAAUGGACACCCUUUUGUGUAUGUCGAUCUGAAGAUGCGACAGGCAGAUAUUGACGUUAACGUUCAUCCGACCAAGAAAGAAGUACGAUUUUUGAAUGAACAACUCAUAGUUGAAGCUGUCGUCGACAAGCUGAUUGAAAAGCUGAAGACAACAGAGACAUCGCGAACUUUCUUAGCUCAAUCCAUACUUGCCACGAAUGGGUCCGGAAUUCAGGCUGAGCCGCCAAUCACUAGUUCUUCUCCCAGAGUACGGGACUGGGACUCAGAGGAGAAACUAAGGGUGCGACAGUCAAACUCUCAUAAUUUAAGUUUUGCUUCACAAGACAUCAAAAUUUUUGACGAGCUCACUGAGAAAAGCGGGGCUCUCGACGAACUUCCUGAGCCGGGAGAAUCAUUGCCACAAAACGAUGCAUCUCAGUCACUCCGUGACUCAGAAGGGUCUCCGUUUGAACGGAUGGAUUUGACUACUCCCGGUAAUCACACUGAGACGAGGGGUCCUGGGAAAAAGAGUACCUCUUCUUCGAAGAGCAAUAUUAUGCACGCCAAGAACAAAGUACGGACGGGAGCCGACGCCCCUGUCGGGCUUUACGAUGUAUAUCUCAGUCGCAACAAUCAAUUUUCUAAAGCUAUUGAUAUUCAAACCUGGCGGAAGCGACGAAAGCGUGCAUUGCCGCUGCUUACAUCCGUUGAAAAUAUGUUGAAUGAAUGUCAAAGCAAGUCGCACAGCGGCCUAACGCAAGCUCUGAAAGAGCACAUAUUUAUCGGCGUUGCUUCGGACAACUUUGUUUUGUUGCAGCAUUCGACAAAGCUUUUGCUUGCAGAAAUAGGGCCGAUUGUUGCGGAGCUCAUGUAUCAACAAAUCCUAAUUCGGUUUGCAGACCUUGACACCCUAUCCCUUUCGCCCCCUGCUCCGCUGGUGAGAUUAAUCGAAGGAUACACUGGCGGGAAGGGCAAGUCGGAAGUACAUGAGACUGCUGACUACUGUUCGAAAAUGUUGAUGGACAAGGCCCCUAUGCUCUCAGAAUAUUUUGGGAUUUCAAUUUCCAAAGACGGCGAAGGUGAAGUUGAGAUUCACACUAUCCCUCUUUUGUUUCCCAAAGUCAUGCCCGAUGUAAAGUAUUUCGGGGCAUUUUUGUACCAUUUGGCUGUGGAUACAAAUUGGUGUGAGGAGUUUGAGUGCCUCCAGGGAAUUUCUAGGGCAAUAGCAGAGUGGUAUGGAAGGCAUUGGGAUUUUGGGUCUUUCCAAGGUGACGAGACGAUGGGCUCGUAUGACGAGAACCGAGAACAAAACGUUGAGGGGAAUUUGGCGAAUGCAAAGCCAAAAACUAGCGCAGAGACUGUGGAUACAAGCCGAGAGUGGCUGCUACGGCAUAUUUUCUUUGCGUCAUUGCGAAAGGACUUUUAUCCACCGCAGAGCUUUUACACGGAGAAGAUUGUGAGAGAAAUCACCUCAACUGCUCGAUUAUACAAGGACGACAGAACUUGUUCCCGGGGACGGAAAAGGGAUGUACGUAGAUAUGCGAUGGAACGAGUGAAUGAUGCGUGCGCGAGGAAUAGUCAUUGCCUUCUGCCCUGGACAUGUGUAAUAGACACUGGGCCGCAUGCACGUUGGCGACUUUUUCUAAAGAAUAAUUGGCCAAAGGAUUCUGGGCCACUCGUCUCAGAGCACAACGAACAAAAUGAAGGCCGGCUGUAA